UUUUGAUGUAGAAAGUUGUGAUAGUGGCUUCACUUACGCGGUUGUGUGCUUGACUCUUGUUUCUAGGGUAAAUUACCGUGCAAAUAUAUGUAUCUAUAUAUAUGUAUACCGGGUAACAGGAGGGCUUAAACUUCUAAGUGAAGCAUCAGAAAUUAGGAGUCGGUUACCCUCAAGCUAGGAGCACUGGAACCAAUGCCGUGCUCAGACCACACCAUGACCAUGACCCCUUCAGCUGGGGUAACAGCACGGCACAUCCCACACACAAUGAACCACGAGCUGCUUCGAGCUGCCGCGACCGGCGACCAGGCCCUCCUAGAACGUGUUCUGGGUUUGAGAAGCAGUGGCAAUGGAGUCGUGCCGCACCUGCAGCUGCAGCCAGAAGGUACUCAGCAGGGCGGCAGCCGGAGCUGCUUGAAAGGCGUCACCUCGGAGGGGAACACGGCGCUCCACACCGCCGCCGGCCGUGGUUACCUGGAGCUUGUCCGCAUAAUGUGCGGCCUGGACGCUUCGCUCAUCAAGUCCAGGAACAACCUGCGCAACACGCCUCUGAUCUGCGCCGCGAGGGCCGGGCACGUCGACGUGGUGUCCUACCUCAUCGAGCAUGACGCCGCCGAGCGGGAAGGCGCAUGCGUCGGCGAGGAUUCCAUGCUGAGGGCGAGGAACUCGGAGGGUGGGACCGCGAUGCACGAGGCCAUCAGGAACGGCCAUGACGCCGUCCUGCAGAAGCUCAUGUCCGCAGACGGUGGGCUGGCCGCCGUGGUGGAUGGCAAGGGUUUCUCUCCCUUGUACUUCGCGGCCGCGUUAGGACGCGAAGACAUGGUUGACAUCCUGAUCAGAGGCUCUCCUCCUGACGGGGUGAAAUCUCCGGCCUACUACGCCGGACCAGAUGGCCAGACCGCCCUGCAUGCUGCCGUCCUUGUCAACGAAGAAAUGAGCAAGUCGCUGUGGUGCUGGGAGCCGACGCUCGCGAGGAAGGUUGACAACUGUGGGAACACUGCUCUUCACCACGCGGCGUCAGCUGGGAAGAUCGGAGCAGUGAACCUGCUCCUACUGGAGGACUCCUCGCUGGCGUACAUCCCAGACAUGGAUGGGCUUUUCCCCGUUCACACCGCCGCCAAGAUGGGCAAGGUCGCUGUCAUCGAACAGCUCAUGGAGACGUUCCCGAACUGCGACGAGCUGCUGGACAACAGGGGGCGGAACGUCCUGCACUGCGCCAUCGAGCACAAGAAGGAGAAGGUUGUGCAGCACAUGUGCAGGAACCCGAGGUUCGGGCGGAUGAUGAACGCGAGGGACAGCAGGGGGAACACGCCGCUGCAUCUGGCGGUGAAGCACGGGCACGACAGGAUCGCCAUCCUGCUGGUGCAGGACGUGAGGGUGAACCUUAGCAUCAUGAACAACGAUGGCGCGACGCCGCUGGAUGUCGCCAUCAACGAGAUGGAUCACGGCUACACGUGCCCAAUGAACCCGGAGGUUUUGAUAGCGCAGUGCUUGGUGUGGUGUGGAGCUCACCGCAGCCCGCGGAGGCGGGACGAGUACCUGAACAAGCGCACCGGAGUCGGGGACUCGGAGAGGGAGCUGAGCAAGCACACCAACCUGACGCAGAACCGCGCCAUUGGGUCGGUGCUGAUCGCGACAUUGACGUUCGCGGCGCCCUUCACCCUGCCCGGGUCCGCCGACGCCGCGGAGAGGCCGGCGUUCAAGGCGUUCAUCGUUUCGAACACCCUGGCGUUCCUGUGCUCGACGGUGGCGACGUGCCUGCUCAUGUACGCGGGGCUCAACACCGUGCACCCCAGGCACCGAAGCCGCUACCACGUCUGGUCCUCCAACCUGCUCCACGUCGGGAUCCUGCUCGUCAUCGCCACCUUCGCCUUCGGCGUGCACCUGACGCUCAGCCCGCCGGGGACUGCGGCUCCCGUCCCCACCGGGAACCUGAACGUCGCCGUGUGCGCCAUGGCAAGCGUGUCCGUGGUCUUCACGCACCCGGGCACCUGGUGGCCCAUGGUGCUCGCCAGGCCCAUAUGGGCACGCCUUGGGCUGAAAGGGCUGAUCAGCGUGCUGCUGGGCCCGCGGCCCAUCCCCUGCCAGAAGCUGCUGCUCUCGCGCACGCCAUGGCUCAACCUCUUCAAGAUGCUGGCCACGCUGCUCAUCCUCGCCUUGAUCCUCGUCACGUUUCUCUUGGACAUGGCCUACCUGCUGACACCUCCUCACAACCGCUUCUCUUCCACUCUUCUUCUCCAAUCUCAAUGCCACUCCUACUCCUACCCUACUUGAUAUCAAAUUUUAAAGUUUUUUAGAUAAUAGGAUAAAAUCAUAUCCCACCUCUUAUCCAAGUAUGUAUGUAGCCGAAUCAAAUUUUAAGGCUAGCUUCAAAUAGACAGGCCUCAACAUUUAAGGCUGAAUUGAGCUAUGUACCGGCACCAUUAAAUCAUUAAUUUGUUGUUUAGGUAGGAUAGUUAGCUCAGCACCAGAAGCAGCUCCUCACAUCUUUAAAAACGGCAUCAGCAAAAGGUUGUUGGCUUGUUGCUGCCUCAUCAGGUGGUUUCUGCUUAUGUAAAAUAAAUAAA